AUGAUGAAAAAGAACCAGAAAAUUUAACCAGCAAAAGACAGGUGAAACAGAAAGGACCUACUAUAAAAAUUAAGAGGGCAAAGACAGUUGAGCCAUCAAGCCUAGAUGAUGAAGAACCGGAAAAUUUAACCAGCAAGAGAAAGGUGAAACAGAAAGGACCUACUAACAAAAUUAAGAGGACAAAGAUAAUUGAGCAAUCAAGCCCAGAAAUCUCUGAGGAUGAAUACCGUGAGCUGUUGCAGGAUAUAUCAGAAUGGUUUGAUGGAAAUAGCUGUAUCAGUAUGCUGAAAGUAUUGUACAGAGAUCAUGUGACUAAUGCUAAUAUACUGCAUAAUGCUACUAAAAUGCGUGACUUGCUGGACAACUUGCAUGACUCUGGGAAUCUGAGUCCAACUGAUCUUAGUAUUCUGUAUGACACCAUAAAUGUAACAAAACAAUUUGGUUUCAAACCAAAGAAUAAGAAGCUGCUUUCAUUAUUUCAAAAUGUUAGAAGUUUUGAAAUAUCAAAAUUUACAUCGCACAGGCAAAAGCUUGUAAAAUUAGGAAUGGCAUUGAUUCAAGAUGAUGUAGCAACUCUUGAUGGUUCAUUUAACACCCGACAAAAGAAAUAUGAAGACAGUUGGCAUUUGAUAAAUGAUCUGGAGCACAGAACAGUAAUUUGUGAAGGAAAAAUGGAGGCAUUUGUUAAAAAGUUGAGUGAAUUCCAACUCCAUUCAGCCGUGAAAGCUCUUACUGAAGGCACUGGAAAUGUAUCUUCAAACUCGGGACAAGCGAGUGAUAAAGACGAGGUUAUUCGAAAAUAUCUACUAAAUACCCAACGGAAAGUGUGCAGCAAUGCCAACCAGUUUACACCAUCAAUUUUUAAUCCUGAAUACCAUGUAGAUAUUGCUUGUAUGUUCACUGAUCUAGACCUACUAAAAAUAAGUAAAAACAGAGAAAAGGAAGAUGCCGAUAUGUUCACUGAUCUUGACCAACUAACGAUAAGUAAAUACAGAAAAAAGGAAGAUGCCACUCAAACAACUUUAAAGCAGGUUUUAGAUGAUAUCAAAUCCACACCUGCAUGUAAAGCUCUAAUAGAAGGUGAUAGCGGUGUCGGUAAAUCAACCCUCCUAAGGUACAUAGCAUACAACUGGGCCAAAAAUGAAUCAGACGAAACCUUCAAAGGUAAAAUAGUGUUUCUUGUCAAUAUCCAGGAUAUUGACAUAGGUGAAACUAUUUUGGAUGCUAUUUUAAGUAAGAUAAACCUACAGGGAUUUCAACUUGAAACAGGUCUCAUAAAAGAACCUAUAUUAAUUAAACGAUUUAUUUGGAGUCACAGUAAUGAAAUUGUAUUGUUAUUGGAUGGAUUAGAUGAAUUGAAAGAUGGUAGUGAGAGUCCAAUAAAGAUUUUUAAAAACCAAGAAAUGUGUGAAUGUAAAGUGGUACUUACAUCACGAUCAGAAAAAAUAUAUGAGUUCAUUAAUGCAAGCAACCUACAUGUGAAAGUGCAGGGAUUCAGUACAGAAAAUAUAGAAAAAUACAUUAGGAAACACUUUGAUUUCUUUACUUCGUUAGGAGACUCACUAAUUGAUGAGUUACAGCUUGAUAAACAUCAGGAGGUCUAUUCAAUGUAUAAGAAUCCAUUGCUGCUUUUAUCAGUAAGCAUCAUGUGGGAAGAAAGGCGAUAUCUUCCAGCUGAUAAAACUGAUUUGUUUAAAGAGGUAUUUAGAUGCAUCUUGAAUCAGUUUAUUGACAAACAAACAGUUAAAGAGCAAAAAAUCUCAGCAUUUGAAGAUACUCCUGAGAGGUUUGUUAAUGCAAUGGCUCUAUUAGGAAAGUAUUUCUAUAAAGGCCUAAAGAAAAACCAACUUUCAAUAAACAGAAGAGAGAUGAAAGAAGAUAAAGAAUUGGUUGCUCUGGCUUUAAAACUAGGUUUUGUGUACAAAGAUACACCAAAACUAAAAUCUAACUUUGAAGAGAUUUUUACAACUCGACACAAGUUGAUAGUAGAGUCAUUAGUUGGAUUUUACUUAUGCAAACUAUGUCAGAUACAAGGGUUGAAGAAUAAGUGUUCAAAUGGCAUGGGAACAUUAUUUGAGCCAUUGACUGAUAAUGAAUGGAAGAUGAUAAGCAGAAGUAAACAUUUGCACGUAACAAAGGUGUUUGCAAUUGGAUUCCUAGGUGGUAAUGCUGGCAUAUUUUUAAAUCAUUGGAUAACGAAUGAUAUCUCAACAUAUCGUUCUUUAAUGGAAUAUUUAAGAUGUGUAAAUGAAGACCAUAUGGGUACUGUAGAAAAAGCAGUUAUUGGUCACAUGACCAGAGUAGAUUUAAAAAUAAAGCCACAUAUUAAUGACAUAUGUGCUGUUAUGAAUAAUGUGAUCAGAGAGUGCUUAAAUAGAGGAGUAAAGUUGGAAUUACAGCAGCUGUUUGUCAGUGGUAAUGAUCUAAGCGACAUUGAUGGUUCUUCAUUUGCAUCCUUAUUCAUUUCACCUAAACUAAAUAUACUUGGCAUGAAUAAUUGUAGUCUAUCAAGUGUUAUUGUGAAUAAUAUGAUUGAAGAAUGUUCUAGUAGAGGAGUCAAACUUGGCAUGAAUAAUUGCAGUCUAUCAGGUGUUAUUGUAAGUGAUAUGAUUAGAGAGUGUUUUAGUAGAGGAGUCAAGUUAGAAUUAAAGGAGCUUUAUAUCAGAGAUAAUAAUCUCAGUGACAUUGAUGGUUCUUUAUUGGCAUCCUUAUCCAUUACACCUAAACUGAGUACACUUGACAUGAAUAAUUGCAAUCUAUCAAGUGUUGUUAUAAAUGAUAUGAUUAAAGAAUGUUCUAGUAGAGGAGUCAAGUUGGAAGUAGCAUGGCUUAGUGUCAGUGGUAAUAAUCUAAGUGAUGUUGAUGGGUCUUCAUUUGCAUCUUUGUUCAUUUCACCUAAACUGAAUAGACUUGGCAUAAAUAAUUGCAGUCUAUCAGGUGUUAUUGUAAAUGAUAUGAUUAGAGAGUGUUUUAGUAGAGGAGUCAAGUUAGAAUUAAAGGAGCUUUAUAUCAGAGGUAAUGAUCUCCGUGACAUAAAUGGUUCUUCAUUUUCAUCCUUAUUUAUUACAUCUAAACUGAAUAAACUGGACUUGAAUAACUGUAGUCUGUCAUGUGUAAUUAUGAACGAUAUGAUUAGAGAGUGUUUUAGGAGGAGAGUCAAGUUAGAAUUAAAGGAGCUUAACAUUGGAGGUAAUAAUCUAAGUGACGUUGAUUGGCCUUCUUUUGCAUCUUUGUUCAUUACACCUAAUCUGAACAGACUUUGCAUGAAUAAUUGCAGUUUAUCAAGUGUUAUUGUGAAUGAUAUAAUUAGAGAGUGCUCUAAGAGAGGAGUCAAGUUGAAAUUGGAGUGA